AUGUCCGAGGUCGAGAAGCACUCGAGCGCGGACGACCUGUGGCUCGUCAUCGACGGCAAGGUGUACGACGUGACGCCGUUCAUGGACGACCACCCGGGCGGCGGAGAGAUCAUGCUGUCCGCGGCGGGGAAAGAUGGCACGCAAGAUUUCGAAGACGUCGGGCACUCGCCGCACGCGCGCGAGCUCCUGAAGAAGUUCUACCUCGACGAGUUCGCCGGCGGCGCGGCCUCGGGGAAGGCGGCGACGAAGAGUGGGGGCGGCGGCGUCAGCAUCAUCGCGGUGUUGCUGCCGCUUCUCGUCGUCCUCAUGGCGUACUUCGCGUCCAAGUUGUCUUAG